AUGCACGAAACCAAAAACACUGUGUUCUCCCUCACUCCCACAAAAGACAUCGUGGGAGCCUUCCCUGACGUGGUCAGCACCGCCCUCACGGCACCAACCGCCGAGGACGAGAGACCACCUCCCCCAACCAGAGUCCGCCACCUACACCAGGAACCUGCAAGCCACCGGGCUCCACUCGAGGGAGAAAGAACGGGAAUCCCACCCACCAACCGUCUUGAGCCAAUCCGCCGAAUCCACCAAACACAGCCAGAGAAGAGAGAGACCGGCAUCAGGGACAAGCCAGGCAGUCGCGGCGACCGCCGGCCCGGCCUCGCCGACGCCGGAGGAGGUGAAGCGAUCGAGAUUUAA